AUGCCACGCGCCGGCCCGGCCUGUAUGACAUGCCGAGAAAAAUGUCGCAAAUGUGAUCGUGGUCGGCCCAGCUGCCAGCGAUGUAUCUCCAAAGGACUUGUAUGCCGCGGGUACCCAGAUCAGUUCCGCUUCUGUGGGAUAGCAAGUCGUGGGAAGUGGAAGAAUGCUCGCAUUCCCGUGGCUGAGAGAGACAUUGUUUUUGACAGCCAAACGAAUGUCAUUGAGGUGCAGCAGCAACAGUCACCCAGUGACUCGUCUACGCCUUCGGAACCGCAAAGAUCUACACGCCUGGCGAUUGAUUCGAUACUGGUGCAACCUGCUGGUGAUACCGAUGAUAUCGCAAGCAUUUUGAAUUGGGCGCAGACAAAGACUCUUCUGGACCACUAUGACACGUUUAUUUGCCCGCAUCAGCUGGCGGAGAUCGGCGACGACAAGGAUAACCCCUACAGAGCUUAUAUAAUACCGCUAGCAAAGAAGCAGAUUUGCUUGCUGUAUGCGGUUCUCGGCUUUUCUGCGGUACACCUGGGUAAAUUGACCGAAAAUACACGCCUGCACGAGACUACGGCGGUUGAGUACCGGCUGAAGGCGAUACGAGCUCUAGGAGAGCAGAUCUCUAAGAGCCAGACCACGUCGCUAUCGAAGGAGGAGCAAGACGCUGUUUUCGCUACGAUACAGGUUCUGCUUCUACACGAUAUUGCGGAAACCGGAAUAUCUGAGCAUGGCGUGCACAUCACGGGGGCCAUGUCCGUGUGCAAGAACGUCCUCCUUGCAGAGGGCUUCAAUGGUCGACGGCAACGAGCGGUGUUCUUCUUAGGCAACCUGGCAUGGCUGGAUAUCAUCCGAGCCUUUGCCGGGACGCGCCGGCUCUGUUUCACCCAGGAGAUCCGUGAGAUAGUCGCUAGCGCUGGAGGACACAGAUUUGAACUCGUUAAUGGAUGCCCGCGAGAAAUAUUCCUGAUCAUCGGACGAGCACUCGAGAAAGCAAAAGAGUACAAGCACGGCUGGACGACAGAGGAGGAUUUCCGCUCCACGCUCCUCCUCGCGAACCAGGAGCUAUAUUCUUGGGACCCAAAGCGCAAGAUGUAUCCAAGCUCCGAUCCUCGCUGGGUGAGCGUAGCCGUGGCGUUCCAGUUCGCGUGCAUACUGCACGUCUACCGGCUGCUGGACCCUUCGCGGCCGGCGAACAGCCCGGAGAUACAGGAAGCCGUGAUGAUGACCUUGGAUGCGACGGCCGAUAUUCCUUCCGACAGUACGCUGAUCGAGCUGUUGAUACUCCCGCUGUUUAUGGCGGGUGCUGAUUCCUUGUCUCGACAUUCGCAGUACUAUGUCUUGGCAAGGCUCCGCGAGAUUGAACGGCGGUCCGAGAUGCGCAACCCGGUCCCGGCGGAUCUCUUGAAGAAGGUCUGGACAGCUCGGGCUGCGCAGGAUGGACUAGAGAACAUCUCCUGGCGGGACUUUACAUGCUUCCCGGAGUUGACUCAACAGCAUGAUUACCUUAUAAUCUGA